AUGUCUUUACGUCUCUGUCUUGAAGCCUUUCAUCUCUGGCAUUGUCAUUUUUUUCGUCUAGCACGGUGCUUUUCUCUCACCCUGUCUUCCCAUCUUUGAAAUGAGGACAAGACCCUGAAUGUACAGCUUUGUGCAGAUUGUCCCGGGGUGCGGGGCCUUUUGGUCUCAGUUGUCCUCAUCCUCCAACAUGUGGUCACUGUGUCUCCCCGGCACCCAUGUUCCUGAAGUUUGUGGUAGACCCUGGUGGUCGGAAGAUUUGGACAUGACCCGACAUUGGCCCUGGGAGGUGAGCCUCCGGCUGGAAAAUGAACACAUAUGUGGAGGAGCCCUCAUCGAUCUCACCUGGGUGGUGACUGCUGCCCACUGCAUCCAAGGCACCAAAGAGUACUCAGUGAUUCUCGGCACCGCCAAGCUGAAGCCCGCAAACUUCUCGAAGGCUGUCUCGAUCCCCGUGAGGGACAUCAUCGUGCACCCCAAGUACUGGGGCCGGACCUUCAUCACGGGUGAUGUCGCCCUUCUCCAGCUUCAGACUCCUGCCACCUUCAGCAAGUACGUGCAGCCUAUCUGCCUCCCAGAGGCCAGCUACAACCUGAAGGUUGGGACACAGUGCUGGGUGACCGGCUGGGGCCAGGUUAAACAGCGCUUCUCAGUGAACUCCACACUCACACCAGAGCUGCAGGAAGCCGAGGUGUUUAUCAUGGACAACAGAAGGUGCGAUCGGAUUUACCGCAGGAAGUCUCUCGCCCCCCGCCUCAUCCCCCUUGUCCUGGGAGACAUGAUCUGUGCCACCAAUUACAGAGAAAACUUGUGCUCCGGGGAUUCUGGGGGCCCGUUGGCUUGUGAAGCCGAGGGCAUGUGGAUCCUGGCUGGGGUGUUGUCCUGGGAAAAGGCCUGUGCCAGAGCGCAGAAUCCUGGUGUGUACACCCGCGUCACCAAGUACAGCAAAUGGAUCAAGAAGCAAAUAAGUAACGGGGCUCCCUCAGGCCCCCAGAACUUGGCCUGGCUUCUGCUCCUGAUAUGGCUGCUGCAGCCCCCGAUGGGCUCCUGAUCUCCCUUCUGUCUCCUUCCUGCCUUACCUGUGCUGUACAGGUCCAGAUCUAGGGUAGACCGAGGUCCUGUGUCAACAAUCAAGAGUCAAGGUGGGGAGAGUGGCCCCUGGGAAGAUGGAGCCCUGCUUUGGUUUCCCAGUGGGGAGGGGUAUGGUGCAUGAUUAGGCCUUGGGUGACCAAGACAAGGGACGUGCAUCCAGAAAAGCUCUGGAAUCGGGGACCAGGACAGCCAGGAAUAAAUUUGUGCAAAUGUGA